AUGAAGAACACGGUGGAAGACUUCCCAAUGGCUGAUUCAGCGUCGUCAACGAGAACUACUGCCUCUACCGUAACCGCCGAUUCCGAAGGCCAGUUCUGUCAACCCGUUGUCAAUGCUGGGGGCAUCAAUUUUGUCUGCAUUGGUGGCAACUCCUCCCCUUCGAGCUGCGGCGUUGGCGACAGAAACGGCUCCCCCAGUAGUCUGGGCUCAGGUAAACUAACCGACGUGACCCUCCGCGUGGAAAAUGUAAAGAUCCCUUGUCACCGCAUAGUCCUCACCGGCGCCUCGCCCUACUUCCGUGCCAUGUUCACGAGCGGAAUGAAAGAGGAGGGCGUGCCCGAAAUCUCCCUGCACUACAUCACACCCCUGGCUCUCCACCGUCUGGUUCACUUUGCCUACACUGGU